ACACAAUUGGGCGCAUUAGGAAACGGUGCGGGGCGUGAGGCGGCGGGUCAGCCGAUGCUCAAGUGUCGCCCGUCGGCGGUGUGUCGGCCCUCUUGUGUGGCGGUGUUCGUAAACAUGGCGUCCCACAAGUCGCUUACGGACGACGACCUUAGAAAGAAGUUGAAGGAAUAUGGCAUCACGUCCCCUGUCACGGCGACCACGAGGAAUAUCUUGAUCAAGAAGCUGAACCACGUCAUAGCGAGCCAGAAGAAGGUGUCCGCCGCCAGCACCAGGUCCAAGAGGGCCUCCACUGCCAGCCAGCUUAACACAUUCAGUUCAGACGAGGAUGAAGAUAACGAUACUUCUGUCCAUUCACAAGCGAACAGGUCGUUUAAGUUCUUAAGAAACAAAAGGGGAUCGAGAGGAAAUACAGAUAUAACUGUAAAUAACAAAAAUUAUAGCAUUAGUUGCCCUCAGUUAAGUAGAACGAGUGGGCGGCAGGGACGACCCUCGAGUAGUAGUAGUGGUAGUGGGAUGAGGGAGGACGUGUGUAGAGAGCCCAGUGGCGGGGGUGUGUCAGUGUUGGCCCGUAGUGACUCCUAUAGUGAAGCGGCUCAUGGCCGCACUGCCUACUACCCAGUGUCUGCUCGCUCUGGCAUCAGCCCUAGAGCCAAGAUCCACGAUGACUAUGACACUGGCUCAGACUCUGACCUGGCAGACGGUGACGACUCCCUUGACACAUCUGCCAGGAUGGGCCCAACCUCGUAUUUGUGGAAUAAUAAUCGUGAAAGUGAGGUGCUGCCCAACAAUAAUUCCUACAAAGCCCCUACGUACCAGAAUCACACAUCGAGUGUCUCCUGUGAUCGGUCGUUUAGUGUUUCGGAUGUUGCCAGUAGGAGUAGAAAAGUUAAUUCUUUCCUGGAAAAUGGAGAUUAUGAUAGAGAUUGUCUGGAGGACGGUGCGAGUUUUUUAGGUGUAGCAGAAUCUAUUGUGACUCAUGCGUCUCCUGGCAACCACGAACAAGUCCGAGUUGCCAAUGGGAGACACCACAGUGAAUCGAGCCAACACCUCGACCACUCACACAGUGUUGAGAGCACUUGGCAUUAUUCAGUCCCACUCUUGUUGUUAAUUCUUCUUGCAGUUUUCUUUGGCGUGGUUGGUAUGCUCUACGUCAACAUGCGUAUGCCUCUCCUACCCACGCUGUGUUCUGUGCCUGCCAUGGUCCACCAGGCCAUGGCUAAUGUACCUGUGCCUUUUCUCACUUUCAAUGAGCCUGAGAGUCAAGCCAAGGAUGAUGUUGCCCCACAAUCAUCACAUUCAUCACCACUCACAACUUCACAUCACACCAGCAAAGCACCGCCGCCUCCAGAACCUGCACCGCCACAUGCAUCAGAAAUUAAGUUUCCAGUAUGCAAUGAAAAAACAAAGAUUGAACAGAUUGAUUGCCUGACAGUACAAGAGAUAGGCUCGGUUCAGCCACUCCUUGGUAGACUGGAGGAUGUCUUGCUGCCUGCUCUACACCGUCAUGCCGGGUUGUAUCAAUGUGGAGACACACUGUUGAAAUAUAUACCAAUAGAUGAAAUAAAAGAUCUUUUUAAUCAACAAGAUUCUUCACAGGAACUUUCAUGCAGUGUUGAAGGCAUCAAUGCCCUGGGCAAAUUGGUGGAGCUGAAUAGCCACUGGGGCCUUGAAGCAGUUAGGGGAGAAAAUAAGGCAUUAUUAGGCUUGUCUUUGUCUUCCCAGCCUACAUACAUCCUCUGCCACAUCACCACAGCCAUUUACUCCUUCUUUUAUAUGCUGAUGGGCAUUAUAACAGUUAUUUUGACUGCUUGGUUAGCAUUCUACUGCGUGCGCUAUCACAAACGCAAAGCAGAGGAGGAAAAACAACAGGUUUAUGAAUUAAUAGAACAGAUAUUGGAAGUGUUGGGAGGUGUGGGGAUUCCUGCAGGAAAGGACUAUGUGGCAGUGAAUCAUGUUCGAGACUCUCUCAUCAGCCCGAGGGACCGUCGGGUCAAGAAGAGGCUGUGGGAGAAAGCUGUGCAGUUUAUUGAUCACUAUGAGUCAAGGGUACUACGUGAGAUUCAGGAAGUUGGAGGAGAAGAUUGCGAGGUUUGGCGGUGGGCUUCUGGUGUGCCCCACUCUCCAGGCAACAACUCCCUGGCUGGAGAUGGGGGCGCUGGGCGUCCCCCGGCGAAAAUGUGGCAGGGACCGGCAUUCGACAAUCUUGGUCCACAUAAUGUCCCCAAUGUGUCCCCCACCUCUUGCCUCAAAAUUAGAAAUAUGUUUGACUGUGAUGUAGAGUUCGGUGAUAGUUGGCCUUCACGAAUCCAAGACAGCAUUCUGGAAAAAUGUGAAGGGGUCAGCAUUGUCCACAUAGCAGUAGAUCGGGGUUCACGUGAGGGCUGUGUGUACCUCAAGUGUGCGUCCCUCUCGGAGGCGGGUAGAGCGUUCAGAGCGCUACAUGGCUGGUGGUAUGAUGGUAACCUUGUCACUGUCAAGUUUCUCAGAGAUGAGCGUUACCAUCAACGCUUUCCAUCUGCUCGUCAUGCCACACGUCGGCUCAGACCGUCCAAUAACAAGCGCCUCUCUCUGCAAGUUCCCACAGGUCAGCCAGAGGCCUCCAAACAUACAUAGAAUACUAUUGAUGUUAGCUCACAGGCUUAAAAUGGGUAAAGGACAUAGCUACUAUUGGCAUAGAAAUUAGGGAGGCUUGGAAAUUGGAUUUUGGCUGCUUGAAAAGUAUAUUUACAGUACUGUACUAAUUUCUUGGAGAAAGGAAAAUUAAGGUGAUGAAAGGUUUUAGGGAUUUUUUAUGUAAUUAAAAUGUGAACAUGAUGCGUAUUGUAACAUCAGUGUAAAGAAUGAAAGACAGAAUAAUAUGUAGUGUAUUGGGGGGAAGGGAGGGGGUGUAAUCUAAUCAUGUUAAAAGUGGUGUGUUGAGUGAUCUGCAGUUUUAAACUGUAAAUCCUUAUUUUUUUCAUAUCUAAUAUAUUUCCUUCACUGUUAUUUGAACAUAAGCCCAAUAAUCAGCAGUUAUGUAUAGCCAAGACUGUGGCUGUUUUGAUCGUAAACAGUCACGGUGCAUCAUACUUAUCACUAUCAAUUAUUGUUUUAGUUUCCACUUGCCAUUUGCCUAUUAUAUCAAACCAUUUGUCACAUGUUAAUCACAUUUAGGCUAUGUUUUGUAAAUCCACUAUUUCAGUUAUUUUGCAUAUUUUGACGGCAUAAAUGAAUGUCAGUGUUACCACGGUGUGGAUAGCCAUGGUUGUGUGGAGGCAGAAUGAUCAUUCAUUCAUACUUGUGUGAUGCAACCACAAUAAAUAUGUUCAGCAAUGGACAAAUAAUUGAAA